AGAGGUGAAUUGAUUAUUUUACGCUUAUAUGUUACUUUGGAAUAUAAACAGGAUUCAGGCUUCCAGGCAGUAAGGAAGCAACAUCUGUUUUGCUUGUCCUGUGCUGGGGCACCUGCAGGCAAGGAGGGGCUGCUUUUCCCUGACUGCUGUUAUUCUUCGUUGAAUUUCAGCCCGUUUUUCUGCUGAGCAGCCUUGUAAAGUGCAAAAUACACAGCCUUUCAAAAGACACAGCAUCCAGUUUCUGGGGGCUAUCACAAAUGUGUUAAUUAGUUUCAUUGUAAUUUGGCCAGUGUUGUAUACUUGCAGUGUACUGCUUUGCUUCAGGUAAUGUGGUAGGAAACUAAACCUGUGGCUGCAUGUCAAGGGACAAUGGGGACUUGGGAAUACUGGGGUGAGUAGGGUAUGGAAUUGAGGGCAGUUAUGGAGCAGGGGAUGUGUGAAGUCUUGGUUUUUUUGGCCUCAGGAUUUCUGCUUGUGUUGGUAUUUGUUUACCUGAAGGAUAGAGCUGUCUGGAGGUGGCAUGCAGGUUUGGUUAGCAGGGAGAGGUGGUGGCAGCACCACGAUGAUGGGAUCCAGAGGUUGCAGCUGAUAAAAGCUCAUCGCAGGUAAACUGGGUCUGAAGAGGUUUGUGUCCUGGCCUGAAUAUGAAUGUGAACCCCCAACCCAAAACAACAAACGCAAACAAAAACCAGCCAUAAGGCAAGGCUGGACUUGCUCAGGUUCGUUCUGCCAGCUGUCCCAGCGGACAUGGCAUGCAGUGAGCUGCUCUGAGCUGUGACCAGAAGUUCCUGGCUGCGGUGGAGUUAAUGAGUGUUUUUUUUUACGGGUUGUUUGGUCUAAUUGCUCUCAAUCACAAUGUCCUACAAAUAAGUACGAAACUCCUGGCAUGUCCAAAAUCGGAGGUGAAAAUGAACCUUUGCUGACAUGUCUGUGAGGAAGGCAACCAUCCUUGGGGUUUGGAAGGCUUCCCCCCAUUCCCUCACCUCUGUUAGCAGAGGCCUGGGCUAUGGCUGGGAGGCCUGGGGAGCUCCUGGACUUGGUGCGUUCACCAAGUGAGAUGGAGAUUCUUUCUGCUUUGCAGUCCCGUGAGGUAUGUCCUGUCUACGAAGUGCCAAAUGGCGAGGCUGCACCUGGUUAUGCUGUAGUGACAGUAGGUUAUUCAACAGUUCUGUGGUGUCACUAGAUACACCAAGCUGACAUAUUAACACGUGCACGUACUUGGAAUGUGUUAAUGCAAGUUAAAUUCCGGUCGAGCAGCGAGGGAGAACUUCACUUCUCCUCACGAGCAGUGCAAAAAAGGCAUAAAAAGAAAAACCCAAACUGAUCAAUCAGACUGAAGUCACAGCUUGUGCGUGUGAGAGCAGAAUGCAGAGCUGCUCCCCCAGGCUGUGCUCCGGCCCUGCCUGCACAGCUGUGCUCCUUCGGGUCGCCCUGCAGGCAGGACUGGCUCCCGCGGGUGGGUGGGGGCAGGGGCUGGGGGCGCUGAGCUGCGAGGCAGGGGGUUUGAUUAAUGAUCAAUUUCCUCGGGCAGCAACGAGUUACUGAUUCAGUGACCGUCGGUGGGAGGCUUCCCUGGAGGGUGAAGGAGGGAGCAGAGGAACGAUGGAAGGCAAUUCCACAGUUGGAUCCUUCACCCCUUUGCAGCAGUUCAGCGUUGCUGAUCUUGUGGUUGUAGUGACUUAUUUUUCCUUAAACCUUGCUGUGGGAAUAUGGUCUUCAUGCAGGGUGAACAGGAACACGGUCAGUGGUUAUUUCCUUGCUGGCAGAGACAUGGCGUGGUGGCCAAUCGGAGCCUCUCUGUUCGCCAGCAGUGAGGGCUCAGGGCUCUUUAUUGGACUGGCUGGGACUGGUGCUGCUGGGGGAAUCGCUGUCACCGGCUUUGAGUGGAACGCUACAUAUGCACUGCUGGCGCUGGCCUGGGUCUUCGUCCCAGUCUACAUCUCAUCUGGGAUCGUCACCAUGCCUGAGUACCUCCAGCGAAGGUUUGGAGGUGAGAGGAUCCGGAUGUACCUCUCUGGGCUGUCUCUCCUGCUGUCCAUCUUCACCAAAAUCUCUACUGACCUGUACUCAGGGGCUCUGUUUGUGCAAGUCUGCCUGGGCUGGGACCUCUACCUCUCCACCGUCCUGAUGCUGCUGGUGACAGGGCUCUACACCAUCGCAGGGGGGCUGGCGGCCGUCAUCUACACCGAUGCUCUGCAGACGCUCAUCAUGGUCCUCGGAGCCGUCAUGCUGGCAGUGAGAGCUUUUAAUGCGAUCGGAGGUUACUCCAACCUGGAAGAGGCCUAUCUAAAAGCUGUGCCAUCCAAGAUCGUUCCCAACACGACCUGCCACCUGCCCAGAGCGGAUGCCAUGCACCUCUUCCGAGACCCAAUCUCUGGAGAUCUGCCCUGGACAGGGAUGACGUUUGGGCUGUCCAUCAUGGCCACGUGGUACUGGUGCACCGACCAGGUCAUUGUGCAGCGGUCACUCUCUGCAAGGAGCCUGAGCCAUGCCAAGGCCGGCUCCAUCUUGGCCAGCUACCUGAAGAUGCUGCCCCUGUUUGUCAUCAUCAUGCCAGGCAUGAUCAGCAGGGUCCUAUUCCCAGGCCUAAUGAUGCAGCAGGAUGUAACGCUGGGCUCUGCUGGGCUCUGCUGCCCCAGCUCUGCUGGGGUGCACCAAGGGGUGUUCAAUGGGAUGCAGCACCCAGACACUGCUCUGCCCUUGGGAGCAUCCUCCAGCCUUACAGAUGCUGUGGCCUGCGUGGACCCUGAGGAGUGCACCCGUGUGUGUGGGGCUGCAGUGGGCUGCUCCAACAUCGCCUACCCCAAGCUGGUGGUGGAGCUGAUGCCCAGCGGGCUGCGGGGUCUGAUGAUUGCAGUGAUGAUGGCUGCGCUCAUGUCCUCCCUCACCUCCAUCUUCAACAGCAGCAGUACUCUCUUCACCAUGGACAUCUGGAGGAGGAUGAGGCCAAGGGCCAGUGAGCGCGAGCUGCUCACGGUGGGCAGGGUGGUGACGGUGCUGCUGGUGGCCCUCAGCGUGGUGUGGAUCCCCAUCCUGCAGAGCUCCGGCGGCGGGCAGCUCUACAUCUACAUCCAGGCUGUCACCAGCUACCUGGCUCCUCCUGUCGCUGCCGUCUUCAUCCUGGCCGUCUUCUGGCCCCGCGCUAACGAGCAGGGAGCCUUCUGGGGCCUGAUGGCAGGGCUGGUGCUGGGGCUGGCCAGGAUGGGGCUGGAGCUGGCACACCCCACUCCCCGCUGCGGGGUCCCAGACAGGCGGCCCUGGCUGCUGGCUGACCUGCACUACCUGCACUUCGCUGCGCUGCUGUGUGCCACCGUGGGGGCUGUCGUGGUGGGGGGCAGCCUGAUGACUCCCCCACCACCCUCGGACAGGCUGCGGAAUCACACGUGGUGGAGCCUUUCCCAGGAGCCUUCCCAGCACUUCAUGGAUGGCACAUCACAGAGAUGCCCGGAUGGCUCCUGCUCAGCUGCCCUGGGUAGCCGGCAGGCAACUGAAGGACUCCCAGCCCUGCGAGACACUACUGAGUCCCCUUUUUGGACCCGGAUCUGCAGCAUCAACGCCAUUGUCCUGCUGUGUAUCAAUAUUUUCUGCUAUGCUUACUUUGCCUAGCCCCCUGUCAGCCCCUAGGAAGAGAGGAAUAGUGGAGAAAUGGGGACUUAGGUGAUUAUUUUUGGUCAAGUUAGGGAUAACUUGGAAGCUUAAAGCCAUUGGUGCAGUGAGCUGUGUGUUCUUGGGGCUGCAGAUCUGACUGUGUCCUGAGGGACUGUGAGAGAGGGGGACAAUGGUGGGGACAGUGAACCUUUGGAGUGGGCACAGGGGAGGCUGAGGGGGGCAGAGCAGGUGAGGCACAGCCCCAUGAAGGCCAUGGCAUGGGUGGA